AUAAAAAUAGACAAUAAGUUGAAUACAGGGGCCAAAUAUGGCACAACUCAACUGAAAUGUGAAUAUUCUGGUAAUCCUCAGCCAAAAGUCCAAUUCUUUAGAGAUCUAAGGAAUAAAGCGGAACUUAAGAGUGGAGGGAAUAUACAAAUCGAAGUAAUACCUCAUUCAACGAAACCUUCGACUUGGAUCUCAACGUUUACUCUCAAACGGGUCACUGAAUCAGAUGCCGGACAAUAUCUAUGCAUCGCUCAGAAUGAAUACGGAAGAGAAACCGCUAUUAUUAAUCUCAAAGUGGAUGAACACAAGACAACGUAUCGCAAUACCAGUGCGUGUUGUAAAUCUGAAGGCGUGUCCGAAAACUGUUUGGCAUUUUGUAAAUUGGAUAUCGAUUUCAACGCUGUC